CCAUAUAUAGAAUUUGAAAUUUCUUUGAAUUAUAAAAGCUACUUUUUUCAGACAUAAUGCCGACUAUUUCGAUCAAAAGGGAAAUUCUUUUCCAAGGUUUAGGACAGAGGUAUACCGAGGAGGAGUUUGAUGAACUCUGUUUUGAGUUUGGACUAGAGCUGGAUGAGGUAGUGACGGAGAAGGAUGACCAGGGCAAGGAUGAAAUAGUUUACAAGAUCGAGAUCGGAGCUAAUCGGUAUGAUCUGCUUUGUGUGGAAGGAAUGGUUCGGUCCCUCCUUGUAUUCCAAUCCAAGAUUAAAGUUCCAAGAUAUGAGUUGAGCAAGCCUGAAAAGAUUGAAAGGUUGGAGGUUGAUCCUAGUGUGGAGGGUGUUCGGCCUCAUGUUAUAGGAGCUGUACUGCGAGGUGUUACCUUUACCAAGGAUAGAUACAACUCAUUCAUUGAACUUCAGGAUAAGCUGCACCAGAACCUUGCUAGGAAGAGAACCCUAGCCUCUGUAGGAACUCAUGAUCUGGACACAAUCAAGGGUCCCUUUAAGUAUAUGGCUAAACCUCCAGCAGAUAUUAAAUUUGUCCCUUUAAACCAGACAAAGGAGUUUACUAGUGUUGAGUUGAUGGAACUCUAUUCUACAGACAGUCAUCUCAAGUCCUAUCUUCCAAUCAUUAGGGAUAGUCCUGUCUACCCAGUGAUCUAUGACUCCAACGGGAUCGUUCUCUCCCUCCCACCGAUCAUCAAUGGAGACCAUUCGAAGAUCACACUCAACACAAAGAAUGUAUUCAUCGAGUGUACUUGUACUGAUCUAACCAAGGGAAAAAUAGUUCUGGAUACACUGGUUACAAUGUUCUCCGAGUACUGCAGUACACCCUUCACCAUAGAACCAGUAGAAACCAUCUCUAAAGGAGUAGAAGAGAUAUAUCCAACCCUGAGAUAUAGGACGGAGACAAUUAGACCUGCUGCUGUGAACGGUUUAGUUGGUGUGGAAAAAUCACCGUCUGAGAUUGCUACUUUACUGAGCAAGAUGUGCCUUGAGUCAACAGUUAAUUCUGACGAUACCAUCACUGUAACAAUUCCACCAACUAGGCAUGAUGUUAUCCAUCCUUGUGAUAUAUACGAGGUGAGUAGUAAUAUCCUUGUAUCCAUCCUUGGGAUAUAUAUGAGUGGGUUCACUGAGGCUCUUACCUUCUCGCUAUGCUCACGGGAUGAUGUUGGAACUAAGAUGAGAAAACAGAUUGAAAACAUCCCAGCUGUUCAUAUUGCUAACCCUAAAACCUUAGAGUUUCAGGUUGCUCGUACCGCCCUGCUUCCUGGACUGCUAAAAACUGUACAGGCAAACCGGAAAAUGCCGCUGCCAAUGAAACUCUUUGAGAUUUCUGAUGUAGUUCUGAAGGAUCUUGGAACAGAAGUUGGCGCUCGUAAUGAAAGACACCUAGCGGCAGUUUUCUACAACAAAACUCCUGGAUUUGAGAUUAUUCAUGGUCUUCUUGAUAGGAUCAUGCAACUGCUUGAGGUUCCUAUGUCCCUGGAUAAAUCUAGCUCUGGUUACUAUCUAAGAUCAAGUGAGGAUGAAUCCUAUUUCCCUGGCAGAGCAGCAGAGAUUGUAGCUUUUGGACAGGUGAUAGGACGGUUGGGUGUUCUCCACCCUGAGGUUGUUACUGGGUUCGAACUCAACCUACCCUGCUCAGCGCUAGAGAUCAAUAUCGAACCUUUCCUUUGAAAAAAUCAAAAAUAAAUUUUUUGAAAUCCUUA